AAGGGUGACAGUAUCGCAGAACCAGCAGAUGCAUUCAAAACCAGUGUGAAUCUUGUCGCUCGUGUGGCCAACAGCAGAAUUUUACGUCUUUUUCAUGGCAGAUUGAAGGAUUUGUUGAGAAGUACAAGAAAAUGAAAGACAGGGCAGCUCUUUUGAAAGGCAGUUUACAUAAGUCCCCGUACAUUAAUACCAACAACUAAAAAUGUUGACAGUGAAUAGUGAACCUUUACUGCUGCAGAAAGUGAUGACCUUUGAAAGAUGGUGGUGUGUUUUAACAGAUGAACUUGAUCUCUGCAUUCAGAGAUCUGUGGAGAACAAGAGUGGUAUUGUUCAGACUGAACCAAUAAUAAAAUGAAUGGAUUCCCAUACUGUGGCCAGUCGAAAUUCUUUAUGCAAAUUGAAAAAUUUCAUUGAUGAAGACUGUGAUUUACCACACUUCAUUAAAAACAGAUUUGCUUGUGGAUUCCCUAAAGACUGGGUACUGUUAAGAAGAAAGUGGAUCAUGUUUUUAAAAGCAGGUUUGCCUGCACAAAUUGCAUCUAAGUUCAAAUGUGGAAUGCCACGGUUUUGGCAUAAGGUUUUAUAUAUGUGGAUUGUCUACGCUGACAGUAUUGAAGGUGAGACUCUUUCAUCAGUCAUAAACUUGUGGCAGACAACAGCAAAGAGAAAAAUAACAAUGUACCAGAGAAACUAUGUAAUGAUCAAGGCUCUAAUGCUUUGCCUGCUGUGAAAAGCAACAGAGUACAAAGUGCACGUGAGAAGAAAAAAUAUGAAAUGAACAAUCCAGAGGCAGUACCACUAAAAAGCAUAAGAAAUGCAGUCGACUCAAAACAAAAGAAAAAAUUAGCUGACAGAAAUGUAAAGAAAAGUAAAA